UUUUUCGUAAUGCCGACAACUCGGCCUCUUUGAACUGAAGUAUUUUUCUGUAUAAAGGGAUGAAACUUUACUAAGCCAUAGAAAGAACUAGGGUUUUACAUUAUGGGGAUUACAUGGCAGGUAUCAGUCGCUACCAAUAUUGCGGGUUUUCGAAUUGAAUGGAUCGCUUCUAGCUUAUCGUGACUUAAAGAACCACUUAUACAGAUAGUUUUCGGAUUUGCUGUUUCUUUUCUUGCCGCUGGCUGUGAUUACAAUGCGUACACAAUUGUACAAUUUGCAAACGACACCGUUGAAAAGCUAAAAAGUUAAAAAUUACCAAAAAUCAACAAUUAGGUAUACCUACACCAAUUUAAUUACAUGCACAGUGCGGUUAAGUAAUAAAUAAUGCAUUAAAAUACCACCGCACCUUUCUAAUUACCAGUUUAUUACAAGUUUUGAGUAUAAAAACCUCCGACGACUGAUAAAAAACCAUCAGUUGUUUGUUUUGACUAACAAUACCAACCUAACUCACUCACCAUGAAAUCUAUUGUUGCCUUCCUUGGAAUCUUGGUGGUUGCCACUGCAUUCCCAUUGGAAGAUGGACAUGUUGAUGUGGAGGAAGAUACCCUUGGAAACUACAAACUUAGCUAUGACACCAAAACCGCCUCACGUACCGAACAGCGUUUCCAAGAUGGCCGUGUCAUCGGAAGCUACAGCUAUGUUGAUCUGGAUGGAGUAAAACACACUGUCACUUACCUGGCUGCUCCCGAGCAUGGUUUUGGAGCUGAAGGUGCUGAUAUCCCACAACCCGUCCAUGAUGAUGCUGUGCCAGUCCCAGAAUCCUACGAAUUGAUCAAGGCCCGUAAUGAUCAUCUGACACUUGUCAACAUGGCUAAGGCUCUUGGUCUUCAUGAAGAUACACCAGUACCCGCUGCUGCAGUCCUUGCUCGUUUGGGAGAUGUACCAGAAAUUGCAUCUUUGCCAUCCGACUUUGUCCCUUCAGUGGAUGCUGAUCAUCUUGCUGCUAGGGCUGAGCUUCUGGCUGCAUACUCUCACGCUCUUUCCCGCUUGGCUGAAGAAUACCGACGAGUGUAA